GAAGGUCUGUAUGGGAUGUCUGUGUCUCCCCAGGCAAAGGAGAAGCUGCAGGACACAAUUGACAAAUACCUGCGGGAGAAGAUUGUCCUGGCAGCUGAAGCCAUCUCAAGGUCUGCCUUUGAGAAGAUCAAUGACCAUGACGUGAUCCUGGUGUAUGGAUGCUCCUCCCUGGUGAACCGCACGCUGUGCGACGCCCACGCGAAGAAGGGCCGCGCGUUCCGCGUGGUCGUGGUGGACAGCCGGCCGCGCCUGGAGGGCCGGGAGACGCUGCGCCGGCUGGUGCGCAAGGGCAUCCACUGCACCUACGUGAUGAUCAACGCCAUCUCCUACGUGCUGCCUGAGGUGUCCAAAGUGCUGCUGGGAGCCCACGCGCUCCUGGCCAACGGCUCUGUCAUGUCCCGGGUGGGGACAUCACAGAUCGCGCUGGUCUCCAAGGCCUACAACGUGCCUGUCCUGGUCUGCUGUGAGACCUACAAGUUCUGUGAGCGAGUGCAGACAGACUCUUUUGUCUCCAAUGAGCUGGAUGACCCCGAUGACCUGAUUGUGCUCCGGAAGGGCCAGGCCCAGCUGGGGGGCUGGGCUGAGAACAAGUCCCUGCGUCUCCUCAACCUGGUCUAUGAUGUGACACCCCCAGACCUGGUGGAUCUGGUCAUCACAGACUUGGGCAUGAUCCCCUGCACCUCGGUGCCUGUGGUCCUGCGUGUCAAGAACGUGGAUCAAUAGUCAGGACAGCUGCAUGGACACUAAUAAACUAGGCCCACAGUACCCUA